GGCUGUUCUCUUCGCAAUCUGUCAUUUUGCGAGAAAAUUGAUAGCUUAUUUUCCUGCUUUUGGGUGUCGAACGACAAAAGGCCGCUCGCUGUGUGUUUUAUCAAAGUUUUUUUAGGAUUUAUAAUCCCGCAUCUCCUGCCGCAGAUUACGUUGGAAUAACGCACGAAAUCUUUGCGAACCCUCGUGAAGCAUUUGGGCUAGGGACGGGCCGAAAAUGCUCGAGAAACUUCAGGAGCAGGGCUGGUACCUUCUGCCGGCCGGAUUGGAACGAUUGUUGGAAAAUGCAGCCGGAACGAAUGUGGACCUGAAACAAGCCACCAAACUGGCACUUGAUACCGACUUGAGAGAAAUAGGAGGAGGAGCAUUCGCAUCCCUGUCGAUUCGUGGCACCAAAACGGAUACAAUCGACGGCAACAUAGUGGUGCAAAUAUUGAAGAUUCGUAACAUCUCCGCUCCGAAAGCCAACGAAGAAUCGAAGGUAGCGCCACGUUUACUGAAACUGACUCUCACCGAUGGCCAAACUCAGUACUCGGCAAUUGAAGGCGAACCCAUCUCUUCCAUAAGCUUGGACACCCCACCGGGAACGAAAAUUUACUUGAAAAACGGACCGAUCAAAAUUUCUCAGGGCUUAUUGAUUUUGAAUUCGAACUGCGUCUCUGUGCUGGGAGGAAAAGUAUCGGCUUUGGUUGAAAAAUGGGAACUUGGACGAACCAUGGCAAAAUAUGCCAAAGGUGGACGAUUGCAGUUCAGCGCGUCUGGACCACCGCCAUGGAUUCCGUUUGGACAAAAAAUUCAACAAAAUUUACCACAAGAUAAGAAUUUCAAAAGUUUACAAACUAAGGAAAAGGACGAAUCCAAGGAGAAUGCUGAAUUCAAUGCAUUGAGAAACGAUGCUAUUGCCGAAGCUACCAAGUUGGGCACCAAAAAAACAUUUGGAGGCGGAGCAAAGCAGAUGGUUGACGCAAAUGUGCAAAAGAUCAUGGACAAAGGUUUCACGGAAGAUGAAGCUGUGCAUGCCCUUAAAUUGACCCGGAACAAUGUGCAUCGAGCUUUGAGCAAUCUGCAGAGGAUAGAAAAGAGAAAGCAGACACAGAAUGACAAUACUGGAAAAUUUGAACCAACUCAAAAGCCCGGCAAGCGUGGCCCUGGUGGAAAACGUGAUUCUGAGAUGGAGCUUACUUCCAAACCAUCGGCCAAAGUAUCUUUGUUUGAUUUCUUGGAGGAUAUUCUUCCGGAAAGUGAAACCACAAACAAGAAAAAUACUAGCAAGGAGUCAACGCCAUUCACCGGAAAAGAUAGCAGCGCUGCAGCAGAUCACUAUUCGAAUAAACAAUCAUCUUAUAACUCUUAUUCGAAUGCCAAUGCAAGCUCUCGAAAUUCAAAUUCUACUUCUGGUACCAAUUAUUCCAGCCAACAGCAACAACAGAACUCAUCAACGCAAUACAAUUCGAAUAAAAACUACAAUCAACGAUUCGAAAACAACAUCUCAAGCAGCUUUGCGAAUCGAAAUACCUCAACCACUUCAAGCAACCGAAACUACAAUCAACAAGCAUCACAGCAGCAAUCGUAUCAGCAGAAUGCUAGUCAAUCUGGUGGAUACAAAUCCCAAGACUACAACAGCAGUCGGUACCGAGGACCCCAGAAUGCCUCGAAUGGUAGCCAUCCAAAUGAAGGUGCUCCACGUGGCCGACAGGAUUCCAAGUAUAACCAAUCUCAUUCCUCAUACAAUCCCCACUCGCAACAGUCCCAGUACCGGAACGAUAACUAUAACAAUAACAAUCCUAGCUCUGGUGGACGGGGUUCUAAAUACGAUUCGACCACAAAUACCAGCGGAAAGGGUCAACAAGCUAACGCCAACUACAACAGUUAUCCAUCCCAAGGGUACGCAGCGCAAGGUGAUUCCAGGAAAUACCCGAAUGGGCCAUCUAAUCAAUACCAACAACAACAGCAGCAGCAAUCAUCUUUCCAUUCUGGCAACAAACCGGUGCAAGGAUACAAUGCUAGCGGUGCUGCUGGUGCUAGUACCAACCCUCAGCAACAAAAAGGAUCUCGAUACAGCAAGGAGGAGUCCCAGAAAUUCACUGGCUCUCAGACGAAUCCCAACUCAACUCAAGGAAGGAAUCCACCGCCACAUCAAACGAAGGGUCAAUCAACGCAAGGAUCCAGUAGUACUGCGCCAUCUCAACCACCGUUCAAACAGCCCAGCACGACGCCAACCGGAAACAACAACAGCAAAAUAACCCAACUAACGGAAGCAGCAGCGAAUAUUCAGCUGAGCAGCAAACCAUUUGCCAACAAAAAUCCCCAGAUGGUGGGCGCCCCAAAGCCACACCAAGGGCCCAUGGGAAGCACGUCCGGUCCUGUUCCACCCCAACCGACAGCGUCUGCUACAGCUCCAGUGGUACCAAAGAACUUCAUUCAACUGCCAAACGGAUUCAACUACAAUCCGUACCAGAUCAUGGGUUUCCAAAACAAGCAAACCAAUGAGUUUGCAUUGAAUGUGCUGAAAAGUCAACAGUUUGACCCAACCCAACAAUCUGCUGGCCCACCCGUUGCUGCAGUAUCCGGGCCCAUCCCUGGUGUUGCAAUGGCACCUUCUGCGGCUGUAGUACCCCAAGUUCUGACUGCGACGCCUCCUAAUUUGCCACCAACUGCCACAGCUGUCCUACCUAACUGGAAAAUCGGUGACCGCUGCCUCGCGAAGUAUUGGGAAGAUGGUGGGUUCUACAAUGCCGAAAUUACGGCAAUCUCUAAGAGUACCUUCGUUGUAUGCUUCCUAGAGUAUGGAAACUACGAGGAAGUUCUCAAAACUGACUGCAUCCCGUUGGCUCAGCCCACAACACCGACACCGACUCAUCCUCCGCCGCACGGUCAACCACCUCCAACGGCUAUGGGCUUCCAUCCAUCGGCAAGUCCCCAUCUACCACCUGGUGCAUCGAUAUUGCCUCAUCCACCACCUCCGACCGGCGUCUAUCCCAACCCGGGUAUCGAUUGCCAAUCUGGACAGCAUUACGCGCACGGUUACAAACCACAACCCAGUCAAUAUUCACAGCACCACGCGCUGUCCCAUCAACAGCAGCAAAGGCCUGCAAAGUUUCGAGAGCAACGGCCAAUGUAUGUUCCGCCAGCACAACGGAAGUAAUGCUUUUUGGCAUUACACAGACAAAAAAAAAACAUGAAGGCAACAAACACGGUACCACAUAGAGAUGCAGAGUCACCGAUCACUGUUUUAAACUUUAUUGACAUUUUCCGUAGUGGACCUAGUAAUUCGCUUUUCAUGUAAUUGUUUCUACCAGCAUGAAUCGUUGUUGUGUCCAAUAUAAAAAGUUGUAAAUUGGAAAAGUGAAAAAAAGAAAAGGUAGAAAAGCAAAUUUAUAUAGAUUACAAUAUUUUCGUACUGAUUUUUGUGUUUCUUUGUAAAAGAUUGUUGAAUUUUUUGGAAGUUAUUAAACGAAAGCAUGAUUUACAUCAA